CGCCGGAGGAGCCCGGGCGGGCCGCGGUCAUGAGUCGCUUUAAGUUCGUGGAUAUUGGCAUCAACCUGACAGAUCCUAUGUUCAGAGGAAUUUAUAGAGGAGUUCAAAAGCAUCAAGAUGACUUACAGGAUGUGGUGCAGAGAGCUGUCCAGAUUGGUGUUAAAAAGUUUAUGAUUACAGGAGGAAGUCUCCAAGACAGUAAAGAUGCUCUGCAUUUGGCACAAACAAAUGAUAUGUUCUUUAGUACCGUUGGAUGCCAUCCUACAAGAUGUGAUGAAUUUGAAAAGAAUGAUCCUGAUCAUUACUUGAUGGAGUUGCUGAAUCUUGCUGAGAACAACAAGGGGAAAGUCGUGGCAAUAGGGGAAUGUGGACUCGAUUUCGACCGACUGCAGUUUUGUCCGAAAGCUACUCAACUCAAAUAUUUUGAAAAACAGUUUGAACUGUCAGAACAAACAAAACUACCAAUGUUUCUUCAUUGUCGAAAUUCACACGAUGAAUUUUUGGACAUAAUGAAGAGAAAUAGAGAUAGAUGUGUUGGCGGAGUGGUGCAUUCAUUUGAUGGGACCAAGGAAGCUGCGGCUGCUUUGAUUGACUUAGAUCUCUAUAUAGGAUUUAAUGGGUGUUCACUGAAAACUGAGGCUAAUUUGGAAGUUUUGAAGUCAAUACCUACUGAAAAACUAAUGAUUGAAACAGAUGCGCCAUGGUGUGGAGUCAAAAGUACGCAUGCUGGAUCAAAGUAUAUAAAAACCUCCUUUCCUACCAAAAAGAAGUGGGAACAUGGGCACUGUUUAAAAGACAGAAACGAACCCUGCCAUAUAAUUCAAAUACUGGAGAUUAUGUCAGCAGUGAGAGAUGAGGAUCCUUUGGAAUUAGCCAAUACACUAUAUAACAACACCAUUAAAAUAUUUUUUCCUGAUAUGUAAUUGACAUAUCUACUUCCCAUCAUGUACAUACAAUAAAGGAAUUCUUUGGAAUGAG